AUGGCUGACCCCACCAACGACCCCGAAAUCUCAUUCACCCAGAUUGACGUCGACCUCGACGUCCAAGAAAUUCUCCUCGCAGCCUCUCAACACGACAUCCCUACUCUCCGCCGUCUGGUGCGCACACAAUCCGCACUACCAAAUGCCGCAAACGUCAAAGACCCAGAGACAGGCUACUCGCCCCUCCAUGCCGCUAUCGCAGCCUGCGAGCCCGAGGCCGAAGAACAAGCGAAUGGCGUGAAUGGCGCUCACGCAGACGAGAACGCAAAGCUGAUCAAGUCCGGUGUUGAGACUGUCAAGUUCCUUUUGCAGGAAGGCGCUAUCUGGAAUGAUCUUGAUAACAAUGAUGAGACGCCUGGUUGUAUCGCGCGAAGAAUCAAUGCACCGGAGCUAUAUGAGCUUGUUGUUGAUGCUGGUGUUCGAGCUGAGAUGCUGUUGAGCCGGUUGGAGGGGUAUGAGGAACUGUCUGAUGGGGAUGACGAGGACGAGGACGAGGAUGCUGAAAACGCAGAGGCCCAGGCUGACGUUGAAGACGAGGCUGCUCCCGAACUCGUCGAUGCAUCCGAGACAGAUGUUGCAGAUGCUGCAUCUACCGGCGAGGGGACAGGCCUUGCGAACCCCGAAGUCUCAAACCCGGGUUACCUUAACUCUUCCCUCAACAUUACCAACGAUCGGAUCCUGGACGCAGAUCAAAACGGUGUGAUGAUGAGUUGGGAAAGUUCCAUUAUGAAGAACUCUGCACAGAAACUGCUCCCCCGGCCAGGUAUGAAGGUUCUAAACGUCGGACACGGCAUGGGUAUCGUGGAUGGAUUCUUCCAGGAGCAGAGCCCUGCUUCGCAUCAUAUCAUUGAGGCACACCCUGAUGUUGUUGCGGAGAUGAAGAGGCGCGGAUGGGACUCUAAACCUGGUGUUGUGAUCCAUGAGGGCCGAUGGCAAGAUAUUAUGCCUGGCCUUGUGGGUGCGGGCGAGACUUUCGACGCUAUUUACUACGAUACGUUUGCAGAGUCUUACAAUGAUUUCCGGGAAUUCUUCUCGGAGCAGGUUAUUGGAUUGUUGGAGCAGGAAGGAAAAUGGGGUUUCUUCAACGGUAUGGGCGCCGAUCGACAGAUUUCGUACGAUGUCUAUCAAAAAGUUGCGGAGAUGGAUCUCUUUGAAGCUGGUUUUGAUAUUGACUGGGAAGAUAUUCCGGUGCCCAAGCUGGGUGGUGAGUGGGAAGGCGUGAGGAGGGCUUAUUGGGUUGUGGAUAAUUAUCGGUUACCGUUGUGCCGGUUUAUGGAUUGA